AUGAUGGCUAAACGUAGAAGUAAAAAUGUUAGUGAUGCAGAGAAAGAUAUAUUGUUGCAGUUAAUCCAACCACGGUUAAAUGUAAUUGAGAAUAUUAAGACUGAUGGCGCUACAAACAAAAUGAAGUUUAGUGUUUGGGAAGACAUAACAGUGAGUUAUAACGCGCUACAAACUUCUGGACAAAGAACUAGCGGUCAGUUAAAAGCUAUGUUUGAUGUGAUGAAACGUAAAACUAAAAAAGGUCAAAAGCCUUGA